GAAGAAGUAAUCGAAGAAGGAAUCGUAAUAGUUCCUGCCAGAGGAACAGCAGAGGGACACAGCGAGCCUGUGCAUGUAAAUACCACAGCAAUGUCGGACUCUCCGGACGCCCGCAGCCUACUCUCUGCUUCUUCACAGCUCAACCUGAUGGAGAUGGACGCGAUUGAUGAUAAGGAGUUUGACAUUCCCCAAGUGGACACACCUCCCACACUGGAGAGCAUCCUUAAUGAGCUGGAGGAUGAGGAGGAACCAUUUGUGUUAGAGGAUACCUGCGUGCUAAACACAGAUAACAUGGAUGCUCACUCCUGUGACACCUCCUCUCUGGCCAGCUCGGACAGUGGAGACCCAACACAUCUUAAACGUGAUUCACUCAUCUGUGGUGUCUCCGCUGCCUCACUUGGGUGGCAAGCUAGCAGAAGGAGGAGGACAAUGGAUCUGAAUGCGACGGUUCAUGGGUCUGUUCUUCGACACAGCCUGCUGAAGGGCAUUUCUGCACAGAUUGUCUCUGCUGCUGACAAAGUGGAUGCUGGACUGCCAACUGCUAUAACCGUGGCAGGUGUGAUUGCUGUAGGAACGUCUCAUGGUCUGGCUCUGGUCUUUGGAAAAGAUACCAAUCAGGCUCUGCGGCUCUGUCUGGGUACCAAGGCAACUGGGGCAGAGUUUGGAGCUGUCUCUGCCCUCAGCAUCAACCACGAUUGCUCAAGACUUCUCUGCGGGUUUGCCAAAGGACAGAUUACAAUGUGGGAUCUAGCCAGUGGGAAGCUCCUGAGAACAAUCACUGAUGCCCACCCUCCAGGGACAGCUAUACUGCAUGUGAAGUUCACAGAUGACCCAACUCUUGCAGUGUGCAAUGACAGUGGAGGAUCAGUUUUCGAGCUGGCUUUCAGGAGGGUGAUGGGGAUGCGGUCCUGUGACUCUCGAUGUCUCUUCAGUGGUUCUAAAGGUGAGGUCUGCUGUGUUGAACCAUUGCGUGCUCCUCCAGACUUCAGAGACCAUCCCAUCACACACUACUCUCUGCUGGCUAUGGCCUCUCUCACUAAGAUUCUGGUCAUUGGACUAAAGCCCUCACUGAAAGUCUGGAUGACUUUCCCAUACAGCAAGUCCGAUCCGUCCAGUGUUCCCCAGCUGGCCUGGCAGUUUGUUCCUGUUCAGAAGACGGUCAACCCUAUCCUGGCUUUUUGUAAAGGAGAUACAGUCCACUUCCUCCUGGUAAGGAAGGAAGAGACUGGGACCAUCCAUGUCAUCAAACAAAAACAACUCCACCUCAGCUGUGACAUCAUUAGCCUGAGUUGGAUUAACAGUCGUACGCUGGUCCUGGUAGACAGCCAUGAAAAGCUGCAGGUUGUGGACCGGCCCAGUCAGGAAGUUUUGGAGACUCUGGACUUGGAGCAGGUGCAACUGGUCUAUAACAGCCGACAUUUCAAAUCGCUGGCAACUGGAGGGAAUGUCUCACAGGCUCUGGCAUUAGUUGGAGAAAAGGCCUGCUACCAAUCAGUCUCAAGCUACGCAGGACAGCUUGUCUAUUUGGGUACCAAGUCGGCUCACAUUAUGGCUCUAAGGAAUUGGAGAGAGCGUAUAGACUGCCUGCUGAAGCAGGAACAUUUUGUUGAGGCUCUGUCUCUGGCCUGGUCCUUCCAUGAGGGAACUGCUAAGGCUGUGGUUGGCUUGUUUGGAGAUCCAGUGAAAAGAAAGGGAGUGGUUGGUGACAAGAUGGUAGAGAUCCUGUUCCAGUUUGCAGAGCAUGCUUUGAAGAAGUGUCCAGAACAAGGCAAGAUCCAAGUGAUGGAGCAACAUUUCCACGAUGUGGUUCCAGUCCUGGUGGACUACUGCCUGCUGCUAAAGAGGACCGACCUGAUGUUCAACCAGCUGUAUUCUCGACUGGUGGAGAACACUGUAGCUAAGGGUGUCUUUCUAGAGUCACUGGAGUCAUACAUUGUUGCGGACCGUCUCGGUCACCUCACCACGCCCAUCAUGAAGGACCUCCUGGCCCAUUACCAUGGCAAUGGCAUGAUGGACAGCCUGGAGAGAUGCAUUGUCCAUCUGGAUGUAACCAGCCUGGACAUACAGCAGGUGGUUCAAGUGUGUUGGGAGAACCAACUCUAUGAUGCAAUGAUCUACGUUUUCAACAGCAGUAUGAAUGACUACAUUACACCGAUGGAGAAACUCUUUGCAGUGAUUGGCCCACCACUUAGAGCUGGGAGGGGCCUAACAGAUGAGGAAGUGGUGAUGGGAAACAAACUUCUGGUGUACAUAAGCUGCUGUCUUGCAGGAAGGGCAUAUCCACUAGGAGACAUCCCUGAAGACCUUGUGGUUCAAGUCAAGAACCAGGUGUUUGAAUUCCUUAUCCGUCUUCAUUCAGCCGAUUCAUUAGAGGAGGAGGAGGUUUUCCCGUUUAUUCGUACACUCCUCCACUUUGAUACCCGGGAGUUCCUUAAUGUCCUCGCCAUGACAUUUGAAGACUUUAAGAAUGAUAAGCAGGCCCUUGAGUACCAGCAGAGGAUAGUAGACAUCCUACUUCAGGUGAUGGUGGACAACCCAGACUUCACUCCAUCCCAGGUGGGCGGGCUCUUCACCUUUUUGGCUCGCCAGUUGGCCAAGCCAGACAACACACUUUUUGUGAACAGGAAGCUCUUUGAUCAGGUUCUGGAGUUCCUGUGUUGCCCAGACGAUGACUCCCGACAUACUGAGAGGCAGCAGGUUCUGCUGGAGCUGCUGCAGGUCGGCGGUGUGGUCCAGUUUAAUGAAGAAAGGCUGUUGGCUUUGGCAGAGAACGCUAAAUUCUACCAAAUCUGUGAAUUUCUUUAUGAGAAGAAACAUCUGUAUGACAGGAUCAUUGACUGCUACCUGAGAGACCCCCUCAGAAAGGGGGAAAUCUUCAACUACAUCCACAAUCUGAUGGCCAUGCCUGGCUACAGCCCUGAGGAGAAACAGAUAGUCAAGGACAAAGGACUGCAACACAUACAGGAGCUUGUGACCCUUGACCCCAGCAAGUCAGCUGACCUAGUGGUGUUUCACUAUGCUAAAGAGGUGCAGCAAAUCAUCUCUGAGCUUCAGGAUGACCAGCUACUUUUCAAGUUCCUCAACUGCCUCCUGGAGCCACGGGAAGGCCAUCAUUCAGGGACCAACCUGCCUCUGGAACGUGACCUCCAUGAGCUUCUGCUGGGCUUACUGUGCCGCUUUGCCCCCCAGCAGCUCCUGAGCUUCCUGCAGACCUCCCAGCACUACAGACUGGAGGAGGCCAUACAAAUAACACAGAAGUACCACCACAAUGAGGCUACAGCAUAUCUGCUGGAGAAGAAGGGAGAUGUUCAUGGAGCUUUUGCUGUCUUGUUAGAGACAUUGAAGGAAAAACUAAAUCUCCUAACUGCUGAGGGUGACAGAGGAGUUGAAGGAGAUGGAAGACCAAAUAAAGAGGAGAGCGACAGUGAAUCAACACUGACCAGAGUAACGGAUUCACUGAAUGACAUCAUUGCCUUGUGUCAUCGAAGCUCUGACAACCUAUACCAGCAACAAAGAGAGGUUCUGUGGUUUCCAUUGCUGGAAACCAUGAUGGCUUCUCAAAAACUUGUAAAGGGGCUCAAUGCUGAACACACAUUUGAAGUGCUAAAGGAGCUGACGAUGAAGGUUCUCAACUGUAUGAGCAGCUUUAUUUCUCUGCCUGCCAUCAUCCAACGAAUACUGCAGGUGUGUAUGUGUGUUUUGUGGUGCCUUUUUAAUCUUCCCUAUUUUAAAGGAUAACUUCGGGGGUUUUUU